AUGGAUUUAGUUUUGAAUGGUGGUGGUGACGGACUGGAGCUAAUGCUAACCAGCAACUCUGAGUCAGGAGCAGAGUCAUUCCUGACAGAUGAGGAGGUGGUCUACCAGGAGGGACUUGACCCUGCUGAAAAUGUUGAUCAUCAACAACAGGCAGGCCCUCCUGAUACAUCGGUUCUCCCUUCCACUUCCUCUGCUGUUGUGGCUGCUCUGCCACUUUCCAGAAGGGGACAAGGAAAAGUGAACUAUGCUCUUUCUUCUGAAGAAGAGGAGGAAGAGCCAUCAACCUCUGCUGUGCUGCAGCCAUCAGUUGGAGGUCCUGGGAGGAAGAGAACCCCCUCAGCAACCAGAAGGGGACGGGCCAGGUCCAGAGGUGGAUGCAGGUCCAGGUCUCCUCUUAGGCCACAGUCAGCAGCCUCUGCCACAUCCUGGAAAACAGAGGAGCAUCCAGACACAGCUCCAGAGCCAAAGAGGUUCCUCCCAGCAAGAACCCCUGGACAUCAACUAAGCUCCACCAGUAUGUACACACCACUGGACCUGUUCAAACUGUUUUUCACAGAUGAUGUUGUGAAAACACUGUGUCAGAACACGAACAAACAGGCUGCAAAAAAUAUUGUACAGGGCAAAAAAUAUUCAUGGACGGACAUCACCACCCAGGAAUUCCAGAAGUUUUUGGGACUGAACUUUUAUUUUGCCCUGGUGAAGAUGAACGCAGUCCAGGAUUACUGGAAAACUGGUUCCAUUUUCAGCCUGACCUUCCCAGCCAGUGUCAUGCCACGGAACAGGUACCUGGUAAUCUCCUGGAAUGUCCACUUGAGUGAUCCUGACCAAGAUGUGGAGAAUGACAAGAAGAAGGGGACACCAGAGCAUGACCGCCUGUUUCGCCUGAAGCCCCUUAUGGUCUCCAUCCAGGAUGCCUGUAAGGCCCACUACCACCCCCACCAGAAUCUGGCGAUUGACGAGCGGAUGGUGGCGACCAAGGCUCAUACUGGCAUGACUCAGUAUAUGAAGGCAAAACCUACUAAAUGGGGUUUCAAGCUUUUUGUGCUGGCAGACAGCAGCAACGGCUACACAGUUGAUUUUACUGUGUACACAGGCAAGACCCAGUUUCCAUCAGGAGUUGGACUAGCCUACGACACAGUGAUGUCCCUGAUCAAGCCAGCAUACCUGGGCACUGGCUUCCAUGUGUACAUGGACAAUUUUUAUACAAGCCCAACGCUUUUCAGGGCACUGUAUAAUGUUAACAUGGGAGCAUGUGGCACCUACAGAGACAACAGGAAAGAGUGCCCCCAGACAUCUGAAAAUGCCCUGCACAAAAAAGUCCCAAGAGGCUCCAUCAGGUGGAUACGCCAAGGCCCACUCAUCUUCGUCAAGUGGAUGGAUACACGAGAGGUCUCUGUCUGCUCCACGAUCCACCGAGCAUUUGAUGGAGCCACUGUAAAGAGGAGGAUGAAAAGUCAGGAUGGCAGCUGGAUCACAACAUCUGUCCCAUGCCCAACACCUGUUGUGGAGUACAACAAGCACAUGGGAGGUGUUGAUUUAUCAGACCAGCUGAUACAGUACUACUCUGUGCAACACAGAUCCAACAGAUGGUACCGCACCCUCUUCUACCAUUUCAUGGACAUUGCUGCCACCAACAGCUAUCUCCUUCACAAGGAUCUCUGCAAGCAGAGGCAACAGGAACCCAUGAGCCACAGAGGCUUCCUGCAAGAGUUGACAGCUCAGCUCUGUGGUGUCACGGUGAAUGUCCCUCCUCAAAAAGCACAGGGCUCACACAUUCCCGUGCCAGUCUCCCAUGUAGAGGAUAAGGGCAAGAAGGCCACGGCUGGGAGAAAAAAGUGCAUCCUCUGCAGAAAGGACAGGCAGGUCCAACAGUCCACCCCCUGGAAGUGUGAGAUGUGUGAUGUAGCCCUCUGUCUUGUUCCAGACAGAAACUGUUUCAAGGAGUGGCACAAGUGA